AUCUUGUUAGUCAGAUAUUUAUCACGUUUCGGAAUUUAGUCGCAAAUUUAAAUAAAAUGCGCCAAAAUUCGAUAUCUUGUUAACGAGUAACUGAUAUCGGUUAUUAAAAAUGGAGACGCAGCCAUUUAAAAUUGAACUAGAUGAAGAAAUGGCAGAUUAUUUUAAGCAACCACCUGGAGAGGAUGGCAAUACCGAGGCUUAUGAUCUACAUAUGGGAAUCUUGGAAUUGAGUGUUAGCCUAGGUAACUUUACUCACGAUGUGGAAAAAUCGGUAAAUUUCAUAGCCGCAAGCAAUACGACCUCAAAAUGUUCCUUUGAUCUGGAACUUCUCAAUGAUUUUCGGAUAAAAUUCGAACAAAUGGAACAAGAAAUGGAUGCUGAGGAAAGAGCUCUUCAUGAUACCCGAGGGAAUUUGUUUAUGCGUCUCUAUAACGAAUUGGUAGACAAGGAGCCGGAUGAGACAAAACGAUGCGAUUACCUUAAACUUUUCUAUGAUCUAUUCGAUUCGAAUAAAGCGCCCCAAGAAUCGUCAACUAUCCGUAUGGAAGUUAGCGAUAGGAUACAUGGCCAGGUUCAAGAAAUACUGGAACCAAUUAAUCGAAGUCCAGAUGCCAAAGAAAUAUCGUCCGACUCGAAACUUAAUAUGUAUUUCGAAUCUAAAAUAUUCCCAAAUGAAGUAAAUACCCAUAGCUUACCAAUGAUUUUGGACUUAAAUAAGGAAAUAUGUUAUCAAGAUAAAAAAGCAGAGUUACACCAAGUUCAUACUGAAAUAGCACAUGUUGAAGGCUAUAGUUUAUUGGAAAGUUUUGCGGAAAUAAUUACCUGCCCUACAAAGGGCAUCAGAAUUGAUUAUGGCAUCGCUAUGUUAACUGAACCGAAAGGUAUUUCCGCAGAGCUGAAGGCUUCAAAAACCGAUUUAAAAAUGGAAACGAUCUCGUCAAAUGUUCAUGAAAAUAAUAUUUCUAUUGCUUCACACGACGAUUUGGCUAACACUUCUUUGAUCGAUGUACAUUUUGAAGGUUACAGUUUAAUAGAAAGUUAUGCUGAAAUAAUUACGUGCCCAAAGGACAUCAGAAUUGAUUAUGGCAUCGCUGUGCUAUCUGAACUGGAAGAUAUUUCCGCAGAACCGAAGGAUUCAAAAAACGAUUCGAAAAUGGAAACGAUCUUGUCAAAUGUUUAUGGAAAUAAUACUUCUAUUGCUUCAGACGACGGUUUUGCCAACAUUUCUUUCAAUGAUAAGGCUAUUCUAGCUGUAGAUGAUUAUAUUGAUUGUGUCUCCUCCAUGGAACCUGUGGAUAGCUCCUUCAAAUAUAAUUUUACACUCGUUUCUUCAGUUGUUACUAAUGAGCAAGGUUUAAAGAGUGAUAAUGAGGAGGUAAUUGAUACAAAUAUGCUGAAAGGAAUUAAUGAUGGAACAGAAGAAAUGAACGACGAAUUUCCCGAAAAAGUAGAGGUGUCGAAGGGUUUGGAAGACAAGAAUAUUAGUUCGGUAGUUUUUGAUGAAGCUGAUGCUCUAAAUGAUCCUGAAAACGCAACUUAUAGUGCUUUCACUGAUGAUCUUAGUAAAAUAAAUGAUUAUUGUGAAAAUUCAAAGAAACCAGAAAAACCCGAAGCUCGUACCUCCAUUAAAUCCGAUUUGAACCAGUAUGAUUCCAUUAGAAGUGCUAACAGUUCUCAACCUCUUCCCUCUACUACAACUGCCUCUCGUUCGAUGAAAAGUUCAUAUAAAGGAGUAUCUAAAAUUCCUAUAAGAGUUAACUCUCGUAAAUUUUCAGAAAUCAAAUGUAAUAAAAUAACAAUCGAUGCAGAGAAUGAAGUAGGUGAAAAGGAAAUGAUGGUUACCGAAAAAGAAAUUCCAACAUUUUCUGAAGGCGAAGAAAUGGAUGCCGAUGGAAUAAGUACCUUACAGGAUAUCGAUCCGAAAUCGCCAAUAGUAUCGCCAAAGCGGGAGGAUCAGACUUUAAGUCAACUAAGACAAGCGGUAAGUGAUGUAAAGGUAAAUAUUUUGAAAGAAGUCGAUAAGUCCCUUGAAUUGACCUUUAAGAAAUCUUCUGACAUACUAUUGAAUAACUCGUCAAGGGGAAUUGUUAAAAGCGAGUUGAAAAACUUCGGGCGAAAUUCCAAAUUUACAGAUGAGCUUCGAGUACAACAUUCAGAAACACUUUCUCAAAAUAUUUAUAGACCCAAUGAUUCGGCCACACAUAAUAAAUCGUGUAAGUCUUUACCAAAUAAAAGUCCGAGAAAAAAGCUUGAUACGUCAUUGCCGAAGUUUAAUGAAAAAAAUCAAACAGCUGGAUUGAAUACGAAAAUGGUCAAAUGUGAUGAUAAACCAGACGACAUAAGUUCACCUAGACGUGACAAUGAUUGCAGUUUUGCUAAAAAUGCGUUGAAUUUGAAGACAACACCAGAAAAGUCAGAACAAUUUUUUGCUUACAAGGGUAGUGGGAAAAUAAUUGAACUUCAAAUCAGCGAAAGUACACAGUUGUUUUUAGAACUUGAGCAGUACGUUCAAAAUGAAGUUGAAAACUCAAACUGCUUGAAGGUUGAAAACAGCAAAAAUGAAGAUAUUGCUGAUCAAAUUAAAGAUCCUAAAGAUCAAAGUUCAUUGACUCAUAAUUUAAGCAUUGAUAUAUGUAGAGAAUGUUGUGAUCAGGAAAAUCGGGAAAUGAUUUCACCGACAUGCAGUCAUAUAAAUCAUAUUUGUAAGGAUAACAAAAGCGGACAAAUGGUUUGUGCAGAUGAGGUGGACAAAUCUGAAGAUUUAAGUCCGCUGUCAUUAAGAAUUGAUGAAUAUACGGAAUGCUGCGAUUUAAGAAUUAACCCAGAAGAAUUAAAUGAAUUCGUUGACGAAAAAAUGAUGUCACCAACAUUAAGUCAAAUUAGCCAAACGAGUAAUCUUGUUAAGCUUCAAGUUUUAAAGACGAUGGAUGAGUUUUUGUCCGACGUUUCAGCGAUAAAUAAUACUAUUGUAGAUGAAGAAGUUGAAAUUGAUACCCCUAUGUUAGUUGAAAGUCUUCGUGAAGUUUCGAACGAAGAUUUAAUCAUUAACAUCUCCGAGGGAUUCUCUGAUAUUAGUCCAAUGUCAACUCCAGGUCACCCACCCGAUGAUCAAGACGAACUUUCACCGAUAUUAGGCCAAAUUUCGAAAACGGUUAGUGAUGUCAAGAUUAACAUUUUGAAUGAAGUGGAUAAAUCAUUGUCGGAAAUAACCGUCAAAAGUGUUUCUGCCAUUUUACAAAAACGAAAAUCUAAAGAAUAUUUCAGUAACCAGCAUAAAAGCCAGGACUUUGAUUAUUUAACGGAUGAUUUGUCUGGCGAAAGUGUAGUUAAGGUAAGUCCUUUAAAGAAUGUUGAUAGAUUUAUAUCUGAAUGGACCCAAAAAAAUCCUUCUGAUUCUAUACUUGGAAAACCGUACCCAAAAAAUUUAAGGUACACGUCGGAAACUUCAGAAUUAAGCGAAUCCUCUGAAAGAGAGUCGUUAAGUAGGAACAGUAAUCAAAUCCUUUAUUUAUGUAAGAGUUGUAAUGCAAUGCUGAACUAUUCAGAGGAGGUGAAUAAAUACUUCGCUGGUGAUUUUUGUAUAAACAAGAAAAAAUUCAAAGUUUCUGACAGAAACGAUUUAAGUAAUUUAGAGAGAAAAUUCAGACAGAAAUGGCACCAUCAACGUUAUGUUAUUGCCGCCCCACGCGCUAUAAUUAAAUCCUUUAAAUCGAACCCUGCAUACGGGUGGUCACCUGAUGAUCCGAAUGCUCCUGAUUUUUAUGAACAACUCGAUCAAUUUUUCGAAGUCACGGGCCAAAAAAAAUAUCGCGCAGGCUGUGAUAUAUUAUUCGCAUCGAUACAACUGCGGUUAAGUCAGGUUCUAAAACGUAUCGUAAGACAUGCUCCAAAGAAUACGAGCUUCCCCGAUUUGAUAACUAUUGUGGGUGUAGCCCAGUUGGAACAGUUGCUCACUAGAAAGGAAAGGGCAGCAUAUGAAUCCAUGCGCUGGCAGUCAAGGGAUAAAGGUGAUCAGGACUUAUCUGCAGAGUCUCUAUUCACCGAUGCUCUCCACGGUAUGAUGGGCUAUGGUUCGCCCCACUUGAAAUUGUCAUCAUUAACAGGAAGACUACAAUUGCGUUCACCUCAUCAUCAGGAAAGCAUAAGUGAGUCAUAUCUGUUGUUGGCCCUUGGUCACUUUGGAUACUUUUAUCGGGAGCUGAAGGAACAUCUUGCGAGGCUUGCCGAACAGGGCGAUACUGCUCUUGCCCUUAGAAAAUGUCUACAAAAGUAUCUACUUAAUUUGCACCAAUUUUAUGAUGUACAGAAAAGGAAUCCCAGCUCACUGCUUUCCUUGUAUCGCCGAACUCGAGAUUUUCAACGGAAUUUUGAGUGGUUACUAGAGGUAUUUAACAAUGUUCAGAAAGCAAAGUCUAUUGUUGUCUACCUUUAUAAGGAAUCAAGCCGAAGAACCGGAUAUCAAAGGAACUUACUACUCAAAUGGUUAAGAUUGGUAAUUCAACCAUUAAUAUAUAAUCUUCACAUAUGGCUUCUGAAUGGUAGACUCCCUUCUACUGAUCACGAUAUGUUUGUCAUUGAACAAACUAAAUAUUCAAAGGUAGAUGAAUUUUGGGAAAAACGCUACCGGAUCACAGAGUCUUUCUCUGGUAUUUUUGACCCUCAGUUAAGUGAAAUUCUGAUAAGUGUCGGAAAAACUAUGGAAUACUCUGAAAAGUAUUUGGCCAUUAACUUUGAAAGUUGUGUACCUAGAAAAGAAGUUCGUUGCAUGUUGUUAGAGACAUUCGAUAAGUUCCUUCGCCACGGGGAUCAGGAGCCACUCUACAAUUUCGUUCGAAAUCUGCACUUGGAAAUAUCAAGCAAGGUUCUAAAGUAUCUUCGGAAGACUAAGAUCAAUCCGGAGUACCUGUUUUCUGGGCUCCAUAAGUACAUAAUGCUUACGGAUCUUAACUUUAUCAUGGAAUUCAUCAAUGCGUUAGAGUCCGUCCUUGGUGAACCUGAAAGUUCCUUCAAUAUACAACUCUUUAACGAAAUGAAAAAUAAAAUGUUACACAAAUCAGUUCGGGACAUCUAUAUAGAUAAGAGCGAGUCCGAGGGAUCCAGGUGUUGGUCAAAGCUAAUACUUCGUUGGAAGAUGCCGACCCAUUGGAGAGCGCUACUCGGCGAGGAUUCCAAGGCAUACGAGGUUAUCUUUAAAGCAAUGUGGAGAUUCCAUUAUGUUUACUAUGUGCUCAAUGAAAGAGUACAUCGGCAACAGAUCCGGUUUCAAAAUCAUAUUGAAUGUACAUAUUUUGAAGGCCUUAAUGAUACACUCAAAUGUUUCUCCAAGCUUACAAACGCCUGUUUGCGCCUAAUGAAUGUUCUAAUGGAGUAUUUUUUGGACUAUUUAUUAGAGCCUGCAUUUGCAAGACUUUUGUGGUACUGCAGGAAUGCAAUUACCGUCGACGAAUUACUGGUUGCCAAUAGAAAGUAUCUGAAAACCAUCAUAUUGGGAUCCCUGCAAACGAAAAAUCUACGAAAAUAUCUGGAGCGACUUUAUGAUCUCAUACUUCAACUUGAUAAUAAGCACUGGAAGUUCCUAAGACUAUGUCAAACGUCAGUGGAAUAUGUGAUUAGAGUUCGCAAAGAAAAGCCACAAAGCAUUUUUUCCACCUAUUACAGGGAACGAAUGCUGCAGUUUCGUUGGACCUGUCAAAAUUACUCGGAUGUUAUCAAUGAGAUGAAAGAUCAAUUUGAUUUGGCAAUGAUUAGCUUUCUAUUAUGUCUUCAUCUAGCUGAUGACGACUCUUUAAGGAGUCUAGCCAAACGAUUGGAUCCCGAGCACUAUUAUAUGGAAAAGGAUAAUAGAUUGGAUCUAGUACAAUAUUUCGAGUUUAGGAGAAAGCUGGAAAGGAAAAGAUCACUGUAAAUUACUAAAAUUAUUCAAUUUUUUCAUAUUUCAAUAUUUCCCUUUUACUACUGCCUUUUGUAAGACGUACAUACGUGGUCACCUUGGUAGCUUAAU